UCGCUGGGGGAUGCGGGUCCCGGGCCCAGCAUGCUGUGGGGGGUGGGCCUGGCCGCACCGCGCUCCUGCGUGGCGGACCUGAGCCGCAACCGCAGCCUGCCGCUGGGCUGGGGCGCGGGGCCCGAGGAGCCGCCGCCCGCGCUCUAUGGGGGCGAGAUCGUCGCCUUCCCGCUGGCGGGCGGGGGCGGCACCAUGGCGGCGCUGGGCUCCGACUCCUGGUGGAAGAAGACUCUGUACCUGACCGGCGGAGCGCUGCUGGCCGCCGCCGCCUACCUGCUCCACGAGCUGCUGGCCAUACGGAAAGAGGAAGAGCUGGAUUCCAAAGAUGCCAUCAUACUGCAUCAGUUCUCAAGGCCUACCAACGGUGUUCCCAGUUUAUCUCCGUUCUGCCUGAAGAUGGAGACCUACCUGAGGAUGGCUGAUUUACCCUACCAGAACUAUUUUGAUGGAAAACUUUCCCCUCAAGGGAAAAUGCCUUGGAUUGAAUACAACCACAAGAAAGUGUCUGGCACUGAGUUCAUUAUUGACUUCUUGGAAGAGAAGCUUGGGGUGAAUCUCAACAAGCACCUUGGUCCUCAUGAAAGAGCUGUGUCCAGGGCUGUGACCAAAAUGGUGGAGGAGCACUUCUACUGGACUUUGGCUUACUGCCAAUGGGUGGAAAACCUUCACGAGACACAGAAGAUGGUUUCACUGUUUGGCCCCUUCAGUGACUUGCUGAAGUGGAUCCUCUGCCACCUGACCAAGGGCAUCGUGAAGCGGGAGAUGUAUGGGCACGGCAUCGGGCGCUUCUCGGAGGAGGAGAUGUACACCCUGAUGGAGAAGGACAUGAGGACUCUAGCAGGCCUCCUGGGGGACAAGAAGUACAUCAUGGGACCAACUGUUUCCACUGUUGAUGCCACUGUCUUUGGGCACCUGGCACAGGCAAUGUGGACGCUGCCAGGAACUCGACCGGAGAGGCUGAUCAAAGGGGAGCUGAUUAACUUGGCCAUGUACUGCGAGAGGAUCAGGAGGAAAUUCUGGCCAGAGUGGCACCACGAGGACGACAACACCCUGUAUGAGUCUGAGGAGAGCAGUGAGGCCAGCAAGACCUACUCCCCUCUGCUGGACUUCAGUUUCUACUCAAGGACAGAAACCUUUGACGAGGAAGGGAACAGCAUCUCCCAGACCCCCGACACAGACUACACAGGGCACUCCCUCUUCGACUCGGACGUGGACAUGGAGGAGUGCAGGGAGCAGGAGCAGUGCAAGUGAUGCUGCCAGCACCUGGCAGACAGGGCUGGGCCUGGUUUGCUGUCUCCCUCAGGUCAGGAAGGGCCAUCCUGCUUGACUUGGCUGU